AUGCGCCUCCUCCGAUCACUAAUAACAGGAUUAGCAGGGCUCACGCUGGCGGCUACUUCCUGCUCAUCCGCAGCCUGCGACGAGCAUGGAGAGACUUCCUUGCUGCAGUUGCCGCAGCGUGCGCUCAAGCAGGCAUGCACGCCGAUCGCAUACUUGAAGACUCACAAAACGGGAAGCUCCACCAUGCAGAGCAUCCUUCUACGCCUGGCCGUGCAGCGCCACAUGGACAUCUUCUGGCCCGACUGCUCCGGGGAUUUCAACUAUCCCAGCCACUUUCCUGGUCCUAUGGCGGAGAAAGUUCCCCCGGACCACCAGUUUGACAUGAUCCUGCACCAUGCUGUUCUGAACGUGUCGGCCUUCCGAUCCUACCUGAAGCCGUCGGCCUUUUUUGUGACCGUCCUCCGGGAGCCCCUGAGUCACAUGACCAGCGUCUUCAACUGGUACCGGCCUCAUUACGACUGGGCCUCGCUGGAUGAUUUCAUCGACUACCUCGCGACGACUCCCGAAGAGCAGCACAGACCCCGGCAUGUGGGCAGGCAUCUGGGCAUCGCCCGUAACUUUCAAGCCCGCGACUUGGGCUUCUACGAAGCCGGCGGGAGGGCCGAGUCCAGCUCUGCGGAAGUGGAGUCCUGGAUCAAGUCCCUGUCAGCUGCCUUCUCGUAUCCGUCGAGCGGGCUCGUGGUGAUCAAUGAGCGCUACGACGAGGGCUUGGUCUUGCUGCAGCAGGCGCUGAAAGUCGAGCUCGAAGAUGUUGCAUACAGGGCCAUGCGGGUGCAGGACGGACACGGCACCAAGUACGAAGAGCCGACGGCUCGACAGUCCAGGCGAAUUCUGGGCUUAGCCAGUGUUGACGUUCAACUUUAUGACUACUUCAACCGAAGCUUUGCGUCUCUCUGGGAUGACAACAGCGACUCUGUCAGGGCAACGUUGGAGGCAAGCGUGGCUCGCCUACGGAAGCUGAGCCAAAGGACGACGACGGACUGCCGCGAGGCGUCUCCUGACCCCGGGUGCGAACUCUUCAUCGAGAAUCUACCUGAUCUCAGAAACGUCGUCAGGAAGAAGUUUGGCAUGCAGGCGUGUGAGCGACCAGCACACGGGAGAUGA